UAACUCAUUUCCGGAAUAUUGUUGCCUAGUUGUGAAGAAACUCGUUUGUUAAAAAUUUAUUUCCAAUGGUGUCCGACGAUAGCACCCAACAGCAAAGCGUGGUUCGGCGCACGAACUCGUCAUCAGACAGUGGCGAUAAAAACCACGCCAUGAAAGAGAGAGACGAAAAUCUGAAGGAAAUGGACGUGAAAGGGGAUACCGUUAAAGAAGAAACGCCACAAGUACCAGCGGAACAACAACCGGGCUUUUUGUCGAAAAUAUCAGGUGGUGUGUACAGCAAGGCAGCGACAGUUGUUGGAGGAGUUGGUUGGGUAGCAGGGACAGCCUUAUCAACUACUUACACGGCGGUCUCAGCUGUCGGAGGAGUUGCGUUGAAUCCAUUCAGGAAAUCCCAAAAAGACAAGUCCGAUUGAAAGACAUGUGUUUGGCUGUCCCUUGACAAGAAACUUAAAAUUUUCUAACCCAAAGUGACUAAUGGCCUGCUAUUAGAUAUGUUAUCGACGAAGGCCUUUAAUACUUUCAUGGACAGGAAAAUGAGGUAACAUUUUAUUGUAUCUUGUUGAUGUAAAGGACACUUAUCGCCAAAUGGAAUGGGAUACAAACAACCUACGCAAGUUCAUCGGAUACAUUUGCCAUUUCAAUGUUUCCUUUUCACGCGAAAGCCGUCUUUCAGCCUUAAUCUGUUUCUUUUUCUCGUAUAGAAGUAUAAAUAUACAAAAUAUACUUGAAAAGAACAGAGUAGUAAUCUUAGUAAUGAAUUAACAUUUAGCGUUUCAAAUUUUUGCUAGUUCAGCUGUUUGUCCCAAAUUAGUAUUUUGAACACUAUUUUGUAAAUUCGCUUAAGAUUCUGUGAGCUUUUUAAAAAGUUUUUUUGGUUUAUACAAUGGUUUGUAGUUAGUAUUACAUAAAGCAUCGGAUUUUAUAGUGAACUGAUUCGUGUUGGAAAUUGUAAAUAGAAAAUUGUUCUUUCAGAGAGAGGAAUAUAAAAUAGUUAAUAUAUUCAAUGGGACUGUGAUUAAGGUCCGCAGCUCAGAAUAAAUUAAAAUUAAAGACAAUU